GUGUUUGGUCUGCUGGUAUGGACGCUGAUAGCGGGGACAAACUACUUCCGUGUGUCUGCCUUUGGGUGGGUCAUGUUUGUGGCCAUCUUGUACUGGGUCCUGACAGUCAUCUUCCUCAUCAUCUACCUGACCAUGGCUUACAACAGGAUCCCUCAGGUCCCCUGGACAGCUGUGGGCCUGUUCUUCAACAGUAGUGCUACAGUGAUGUAUGUGGUGGCAGCAGCAGUGGAUGCAGCCUCAAUCAGCCAUGCUGUUAAAGGGCGCCAUAACUACAACUGCUGGGUAGCAUCCACGUUCUUUGCCUUCCUGGUCACGCUCUGCUAUGCAGGAAGUACGUAUAUAAGUUUUCAAUUGUGGCGAUCGAGGGAUGAGGAACAAUAA